GCCAUUACUCUUCCUCCUAUCUCCAAGUGGCCAUUACAAAGUGGUUUUGCAUUUUCUACCUGGAUAUGUCUUGAUACUUCGCAUAUUGCUGAUGCCACAAAGUGUAAGCCAUACCUGUACUGUUUUCGUACUGGUAAAGGUCUUGGGUAUUCAGCUCAUUUCUCUGGGCCUAUGCUGGUUUUAGAAGCUGCUGUGAAGGCUGGGAAGAAGGAGAAUAAAGUCCAUACACAUUUAGUCAAGUUUGAUUUCCAUCCACAGAAGUGGUACAUGGUUACUGUGGUGUAUACAUACAACAGAUUCAGAUCUAGUGAAGUUCGCUGUUUUGUCAAUGGUAAAUUGUCAUCGUCUGGGGAGUUGACCCUGCUGAACACAAAUGAGCCGUUUGAUAAAUGCUACAUUGGAUCCUCACCCAAAGCUGAUGUCACCAGUGUAUUUCAUGGUCAAACUGCUGCAGUUUAUGUCUUCUCUGAAAAUUUGGCUCCAAAUACAAUUGCAGCCAUCCACAGACUUGGACCUGGCUAUAUGGGACAGUUUAAGUUUGAGUCAGAGAUUGACAUUCCUCUUUCUGAGCAAGACAUAAAGAUUCUUUAUGAUGGCCAUCUUGCAUCCAGCAUCAUGUUCAUGUACAGUCCCAAAGCAUGUGAUCAACAACUUUGUAUGGAAGCCUCUCCUAUUGAAAACACGUCGUACUUUUGUCACUCUCCACAUGCACUCAUGCUUGAGGUUAGUAAUACUACAUUAUUAGACACUGUACAGAGGUGCCAUUUUGUACAGCAAAGUAUUGUGGGAGUUGUAGUCCUAUCACUCCUAUCUCCGCAAAAAGCCGUUUUUAUGUUUAAGUUAUAGAAACGGCGCAGCUUCUUCUUUUCUCGCAAAGAACAGCAAAAACGACUCAG